AUGGCGGCCGCCGCGGCAACCGCAAUGUCCCCCUCCCCCUCGGCCGCAAUCGCUCGCCACAGCCAUCCUCGCACCUGUGCUGCUGCUUCGGUGGCCCUCCGCUCGGGCUUCCUGGGGCGCGGGCUGGCCGCGGUGCCGGUGGCCGUGGACGACCCCCGCUGCCGCCGCCGCGUCUCCGUGCGGAUGGCCUGGGACGGGCCCCUGUCGUCGGUGCGCCUCAUCAUGCAGGGCAGGAACGUGAAGCUGAGCGACAAGCUCAAGGAGCACAUCGAGGAGAAGGUGGGUCGGGCGGUGUCCAAGCACUGCCACUUGGUCCGGGAGGUGGACGUGCGUCUGUCCGCCCGCGGCGGCGAGCUCGGGCGGGGCCCCAAGACGUCGCGCUGCGAGAUCACGCUCUUCAGCAAGCGCCACGGCGUCCUGCGCGCCGAGGAGGACGCCGAGUCCACCUACGCCAGCAUCGACCUCGCCGCCGCCAUCAUCAAGCGCAAGCUCCGCAAGAUCAAGGAGAAGGAGACGGAGGUGCGGCGCGACGGUGACGGCGACGGCUGGGACGAGGUCCCGCUCCCGCCGGCCGACCUGCUGCUCGUGACCGACGCCGCCGCCGCCGCCGCCGAUCUUGCGGCGGCCGUGGGCGCGGAGGACGAGCAGACGGUGGUCGCCAAGGUGGUGCGCACCAAGGUGUUCGAGAUGCCGCCGCUGACGGUGGAGGAGGCGCUGGAGCAGCUGGAGAACGUGGGCCACAACUUCUACUGCUUCAGGGACGAGGCAACGGGCGAGGUCAACAUCGUCUACCGCAGGAAAGAAGGCGGCUACGGCCUCAUCAUCCCCAAGGAGGACGGCAUCGUCGACAAGAAGGACACCGUUGGCGUUGCGCCGCCACCAGCCGCCGCUGCUCCGGAGCCGUCCUACGCCGUGCACACCGCCGCCGACAACAAUUGA